AUGCUCGCGCUCUCGCUGCUCUGUCGCGUGCUGCCGCUCGUGCUGCUCGCGGCGUCGGUUCAAACGGCGGACAAGUCGCAGUUGCUGAUCUCCGAGAGCAUGUGCGUGACCAACUGCACCAGGGGGCGCCACCGAGCAGUGUGCGGCAGCAACGGGCGGAUGUACAAGUCGCUGUGCGCUUUCCAGAGAGCGCAGUGCCUCAACGCGCAGCUCAGGAGCAUGCCAAACUCACACUGCAAAGAGCCAGUACAGUCCAAAUGCCAGCUGGCUCGUACCCAGGCCCUGGAGUCCAGCAGCCCCAGCGACACAGCUGCUGUCAUUGUCCCAGAAUGCAAUGCAGACGGAACCUACUUGCAGGUGCAGUGCCACAGUCAGACAGGGUAUUGCUGGUGCUCCACUCCGGAUGGGAAGCCAAUCGGUGGUACCUCCAUCCUUCAUCAGAAACCCAACUGCACAGGUCAGUUAACUGAAACUCAGUCCAAUAUGGAGUCAGCUCCAAGAGAGGAUGGAAGCAGGCUCAGACCCACCACUGACCCAGCCAAUGCCCCUCCACUGCGUUCUGCAGAAAUCACAGCUCCUCCAUUUUGGGUGACCAUACUGUUGAACUCUGACCCCAAAGGGAACCGCUCUUCCAAGCAUCCCACAGGUGACCUCGACACCCCCCUGACGUGUGAGCGGGAGCGGGCGGGGGCGCUGGCAGCGGUGCGCCACCUGGGGCAGGAGGAGAGGUUUGUGCCGGAGUGCAGCGUGGACGGGCGUUACAGCCCGGUGCAGUGCCACGUGGCCACCGGCUACUGCUGGUGCGUGCGGGUGGACACGGGACGCCCUCUGCCGGGGACGUCCACCAGGAAUCAGUUGCCGGACUGCACAGCCGGGGAGACAGACAAGCGCUACGGUGACAGACCUCUGCCAGGGUGCCCCGGUGCUCGUAAGAAGGAGUUUCUGCGGAGUCUGGUGCGAGCUCUUCAGCAGGAGGCCAGACAGGCCGGAGGAGUGCUCGGCCCUCACCGGGUUGAAGACCUGCCCAUGUCACUUUCGGCAUCCCCCACUCCCUCCACCCCCUCUCCCGGCCCGUCCGAAGGAGGCGCGUCGGGCCCGGGCGAGGCCGAGAGGGCCCUGCGGUGGUACUUCCUGCAGCUGGACGCGGACGGCAGCGGGGUCCUGAGCGAGCGGGAGGCCCGCCCCCUCCGCCUCUACCUGCGCCGGAGGCUGCGGCCGCGCCGCUGCGCCAAGAAGUUUGCGCAGCACUGCGACCGCGACAGCGACCGCGGCCUGACGCUGGCCGAGCUCACCGCCUGCCUGGGGCUGUGAGGCGUUUCAUCCUCUCUACCCCAAGCCUCACCUCUGCCCCACCCCCACCCCCAGUCCAGCAGGGAGAAGUUGAUCAGAAAUUGAAGCACAACAGGAGAAAAGGCGGCGGAGAUUGGAAUUCCUCCUCGACCCCAAGGCCAGCUCUCCAUUCUCACAUGAAAACCCCCUCAGCACUUUCCUCACUCUCAUCUACACCU